GAGAAAGAAAGUGACAACCAGAACUCGAGGUCAUUGUAAUUCUUUCCAAGCUCCGAGACUUCAAAUACGAAACGAACUCUCUCUCUUCUUCCUGAAUUCUGCAUUAUAAACACACACACACAAAAAAAAAAAAAAAGAGGUUUUGGGUUCCGCAAUGGAUGCGCCGUUGCUCCAAUCCCGCGGCGGGAAGGAGCGAAACUACGUUAAGGAGAAUUUCGGUUCUUCCGCUCUCGGAGACUUCACAAACGAGUCGCGGACGCUAUGGAAGAUUGCCGGCCCUGCCAUCUUCACCUCCAUUUCCCAGUACUCGCUCGGCGCGCUGACGCAGACGUUCGCCGGCUUCGUUGGCGAGCUGGAGCUCGCCGCCGUCUCGGUCGAGAACUCCGUCGUCGCCGGCCUCGCCUUUGGCGUCAUGUUGGGGAUGGGGAGUGCAUUGGAGACGCUAUGUGGGCAAGCAUACGGAGCAGGGCAGAUCAGAAUGUUGGGAAUCUACAUGCAGAGAUCGUGGGUUAUUCUUUUAGCCACCGCUUGUUUGUUGGUUCCUGUUUACGUCUGGUCUCCUCCAAUCCUUGCUUUCUUCGGAGAAACCUCAGAGAUAUCCACUGCUGCAGGUGAAUUCGCGAUAUGGAUGCUGCCCCAGCUAUUCGCUUACGCAUUGAACUUCCCGAUCCAGAAGUUCCUGCAAGCGCAGAGCAAAGUGAUGGUGAUGGCCUGGAUCUCGGCGGUGGUUCUGGUUCUCCACGCGUUCUUCAGCUGGCUGCUGAUUCUGAAGCUUGGCUGGGGACUGGUUGGAGCCGCUCUGGUGUUGAAUGCCUCAUGGUGGAUCAUAGUCAUAGCUCAACUGGGUUACAUAUUCGUAACCGGGUCCGACGAAGCCUGGAAUGGCUUCUCCUGGCUCGCGUUUUCGGACCUCUGGGGUUUCGUCAAGCUCUCUCUGGCCUCUGCAGUAAUGCUAUGUUUGGAGUUUUGGUACUUGAUGGUCUUGGUGGUUAUCACUGGCCGAUUGCCAGACCCUCUGAUCCCUGUGGAUGCCAUCUCAAUCUGUAUGAACCUGAAUGGAUGGGACGCCAUGAUUGCAAUUGGAUUCAAUGCUGCCAUUAGCGUAAGGGUCUCGAACGAGCUCGGAGCAGGUAAAGCUCGAGCAGCGAAAGUCUCGGUCGUAGUGGUAUCAGCUACGUCGAUGGCCAUAGGGGUGGUCUGUAUGAUCGUGGUCUUCGCGGCGAGAGGCUCGUUCCCUGAGCUGUUCACCAGCAGCGCUGCGGUUGCUGAAGAAACAAGGCGGCUUGCCGGGUUGCUGGCAUUCACUGUGCUGCUCAACAGCCUUCAGCCUGUUUUAUCAGGUGUUGCUAUUGGAGCAGGAUGGCAAUCUCUGGUGGCUUACAUUAAUAUUGGAUGUUACUACAUAGUUGGAUUGCCAGCUGGGAUUCUUCUAGGUUUUACGUUUGGUUUUGGAGUUGAGGGUAUAUGGUCAGGAAUGAUUGCAGGAAUAGUUUUGCAGACCAUGAUCCUGGUGGUAAUAACGGCAAUAACAGAUUGGGAAUCCGAGGCUGCAAAAGCAGAGGGUCGGGUAAAGAGAUGGGGAGGAUCAUCAGGACAGCAUUAGGAGGAGAUAAAUUUGUUGCUUUGCUAUCGGUGGAGGAGCAAGUGUAAAGAAAGAAAAGAUGAUGUUGUUAUGGAAGAAACUAUUCAUGAUAAUGCUGGGUUAAAUGUUGUGAUAAUCCUCCUAUAAUAUAUAGCCAUUCUCCGGCUAAUUUUCUCCAUUUUGAAAUCCUUGCCCUCUCCUUCAUUGUCACUAGGGGCAAUUGUGGAAAGUAAAUGGUUUCAGUUCCGCCCUUAUUUUAUUAUUCGGGAAAUCAGUACACACGUCCCAGAAGCUGCUCAAUAUCCCUUCGUCUUCCCCUUAUUCCACCGAUGCUCAACCGGUCAUUUUCCCCCUUCUUCCUCACCCAUACCAGCGUCGCAUUCCACAGGUGCCUCUUCGCACCCAUCUGCAACUCAGCGAUGGUUAAACUCCCGUUGCGACCGCUAAUUGUCCUUUUCGUCCUCACCUCAUACUGGUGGCCGGCGAAUUCCAUAGCCUCGCGGAAUGAGAAUUGAGUGGUUGAUUCGUCCUCGCCACUGACUUCUCGACUCUACUCGAUCCUCUCCGAAUUCCUUCCAGAAGAGUUUGUUUGGUCCUCUUCGCCUACCAAUCGGCAUAUCUUCCAUUCAACCUGCUCUCUGCCAAACAGAAGGUCUGAUCAACACUUUGAUUGUUAUUUCUAUGUGGAGACCACUUUUCAAUUGUUUUGCAUCUGCAUCUGUUAGCCCCUCUCCCGUUGUAAGUCGGUUUGCCAUUUUCUAUGUUCGUGCAGUACAGGUGAGAAAAGGCUGAAACGGUAGCAGGGCGAGAAUUACCAACGAGACAGAACGGUAGCAGAGCUUUAUUAGCUUGGUUUUCAAGGCUGAAAGGGUUUGCCAUUUUCCCCUUAUGCUUAUUAUGAAUAUGCAGAUUGUAAUACCAUAAGUUCAUAAAAUGGAUCUGGCUGUUGCAUUAGUUUGGUUGUCCUGAUGUGGCCUUGGCAUUAGCCUAAGUUGCUGGUGUGAUUCGUGAAUAACUAAUGGUCAAGUAGAGCACUGAAAGAAAUGAGACAUUAGUUUCCUGUUUAAUUUUGUUUCCGUUUGUAUCUACGGAUAUUGCUCCCUGAUCUCAAUGCUUUCACCUCCCAGUUGUUAUUGUUAUUUAGAAUUUUAGUUUUUGAGUUGCCUACAUGAUACAGACUAGGAUGAGAGGGUACAACUUCAUGCUUUGGAAAGUGUUAGGGUGUCUGUGUGUUGUUCAAAAUGUUGUCCUUCAUAUCAUCACGUCUUGAACCUCAAAUGUUUCUCCUGAAGUAAAUGGGUUGGGAUAAUUUUGGUCAACUUUAUACCUCUGUAAUGGUAGAUUUAUAAUCAACAGUGGUGUGUGAUCAAUCAAUUACUUAUGGUCAUUACUGCUUCUAAUUUGUGCAUUUUUGCAUUUUUGGUGAUUAUAGUGGUAAUGUUUUCAUUUCCCAAAGUUUAAGUAUUUAUAACCAGGUUUCUAUUUAAAGUUUAAUUCUAUAUUCUGUUCCAUACAAGGGCUGAACAACCUGAACAUUCGUGUGGUUUCCCUUGAUGAGCUUUUUGAAUUAGAAACUUACCCAGUUGAUGAUUUGGCCUGUUAAUGGUUUUCUUCAAAUUUUAUAACGGUUAUGAAAUGGAUGAUCUCAUUUUUCUUGGUGUCUUCUAUGUAUAUUCUGUGAAAUCAAUACUGUGAACUGUUUUCUGUUUGUUUUCAGGAGUGUUUGAUGAAUCAGCUUUGCAUGGAAACACACCGGCCAAAGCAAGUUCGGAAUUCGGAUGUCACUUUGUUUGUGUUCUCUUUGUAACAGUAGUAUCAAGUAGACCAUAUUACUGCAUCUCCCACAAACAUGUACUCUUGAUGGUUCACGUUAAUUGAAAUGGGAGUCUUGUGGCUUUAUGAAAUCAAACUUAUUUAAUAAUUCAGUGUCUUUCAU